GAUAAGUUUCUUUAUGAUGUAAAGACAAAAUUAUUCACUUGUAACCUAUGAAACAAAGCCACGUGGAAGUGGAGCCAUAAAUUUCUUUCAUUUAUAAAUUUUGCUUCCUUCCGUCUUCGAAUUGCUUCAAUUUCCCACCCUUCUUGCUGUUUCUUUACAUUUUCCUUUCUUGUCUCGCACGCUUUAAUUAACUAGAACCUGCAUUUCCAUUCUGAGAAGAAGCACAGACGCCGCCUACCGAAUCGGCUAAUUCCUUAGCUUGAGAAGAGGAGAUCGUCAAAUCUAUAUCAAUUUCUCUCUCUCUCGCUCCUGCAUUUGAGCUGCUUUCAUUUCGUAGAGGUUGGUUUGCAUUUGCGAUUUGGGUUGAAAGUGAAAUGGACAUAUAUGUUGCUAACAGGCCGAGUCUGCUUGCAAUUUUGGGAAGUUCUAUGAGAAAAUGCAUAUUUCGCAUUAUAUCCAAAGGUCCCAUCCCCAGCCAUCUUGCCUUCAUAUUGGAUGGAAACCGCAGGUUUGCUAAGAAGGAGAAUCUGGAUGCAGGAGCUGGCUACAGAGCUGGAUUUUCAUCUCUUCUGUCCACGCUUAAGUACUGCUAUGAGUUGGGAGUUAAGUAUGUGACUAUUUUUGCCUUUAGCAUUGAUAACUUUAGGAGGCGACCAGACGAAGUUCAGAAAGUAAUGGAUCUGGUACUGGAGAAGACUGAGGGGAUCCUCAAGGAAGAAAGUCUGAUCGAUGCAUAUGGCAUUGGAGUACGUUUCGUGGGUAACUUGAAGCUUUUAAGUGAGCCAGUCAGGGUUGCAGCAGAAAAAGCUAUGAAGGCUACUGCCAAGAAUACCAGGUGUGUGCUUUUCAUUUGCGUAGCCUAUACUUCAACUGAUGAGAUUGUGCAUUCUGUUCAAGAAUCUUGUAAAGAUAAAUCGAACAAAAUUGAUUCAUCUAAAACCCACAAAGCAUGCAAUGGAAUUGAAGGAGGGGAAUGUGGUAAGGAGAUAGACAAUGGCAUUACACUUGGUGUUCAAGAAUAUGCAACGAACAAUGCUGUGACUAAGGGAGCUGAGGUGACUGGCAAAUCAAAUGGCGUAAUUGUGAAUUCCUUCAGAACUGAGAAUGGUGUGAUUUCAGUGGGAGGAAUUGAGAAAAUGCCGUCACCUCCAUGCAUAAAGAAGAUGGACAUUGAGAAACAAAUGUACUUAGCGGCUCCUGAACCUGAUAUCUUGAUUCGAACUUCGGGGGAGAAUCGUCUGAGCAACUUCCUACUUUGGCAGACGAGUACUUGCCUAUUGUAUUCUCCGGCUGCACUAUGGCCAGAGAUCGGUCUUCGACACCUGGCUUGGGCGGUAAUAAACUUCCAACGUACUCAUUCUUAUUUGGAGGAAAAAAAGAAAUAUCUGUAACCCAUUCCUUUUUUUUUCCCACUUCUCCACUCUUAUUUUGGCUGUUUAAGCAUGUCAUGCAACGGAAAACUAAAUAAAAUAUCAAUAAUUUAAGAAU